UCCGUACGAUUACCCCGCGAAUACAGCGAACACGGUCGCAGGUGCGCGGAGAAUCUCCGUUUCUUGUACCGCAAAACUCGGAACGCAUGAGAAUAUCGAGAAGCAAAGUAGCACGUUGAGACGUGCAAGUGCUUUUUCCUUUCCUCCAGCGUGGAGUUCACCAACGAACUUGGCAUUCUUGUGUGUCGUGCUCGCCACUCACCAUGCUGGCCCAAGUUUACCAUAUGACCAAUAUGACCGUGCGUGCGGUGUGCGGUCCUUGAUCUUCAAGAUCCAUAACAUGGCCGCCGGAGGCACGGUGGAGGGCUCAAGCUCGCAUAGUUUUGGUAAUUUACACAACGAAGCACCACCGUGGAGCCCGUUGGCACUCACACACGUUGAAUACCCGACAGGCGAUUGGUUCGGAAGAUUACUCGCCUACAUCUCGCUAUCACCCUUGGUUGUUUUGGUUGCGUUCGGCACACUCGUGGUUUUCAGGAGAGAUUUACACACGAUCACAUUCCUGUGUGGCACGCUGCUUAGUGAAGGUGUAAAUUUUGUUCUUAAGCAUGUUAUCAAAGAAGCGAGGCCAUAUAAAGCUCGUGAAAAUUUCACGGAAUUCGGAAUGCCCUCCAGUCAUUCGCAACUUAUGUGGUUUGUGGCGACCUACUUGGCCUUCUUCAUCGCUAUCCGGCUACAUCACGGCAGCAGCAGCUGGCCCUGGGAAAGCUUGUGGAAAUACUCUGUGAUAGUCACCUGCUUCCUGCUGGCAGGAGCAGUUUCUUACAGCAGGGUUUACUUGCAAUACCACACGUGGUCUCAAGUAUUCUGGGGAGCCCUAAUAGGUUCUGUGCUGGCCUGCCUCUGGUUUGCAGCCACACAACUGGUCCUCACUCCUUUAUUUCCCCGCAUUGUUUCUUGGCCCGUCAGUGAGUUCUUGAUGUUAAGAGACACCACACUGAUACCAAAUGUCAUGUGGUUUGAGUACACCUCCUACAGAACUGAGUCCAGAACAAGACAACGAAAAUUAGUGUCCAUGAAGUCGCAGUGACUGAAAUCUCACCCACCACACUGCUCUACGUAGCAACACGCAAAGCAAGAUGGCAUGUCGCCAGUCCUCGAUGUUGCUUUUUGGGGUCUCUUUCUUUCCAAUAUGUCGGUGGUGUAACACGCAGGAAACAGCACUUGGGGUUCAUUGCUGCAGAGUCAGUCCCAUCACCAUUUCAUCAUUGUUUCUGUGCCAUGGGAUAACAGACAGGUACUGCCAGAGGUGCCAGUGAAACCGGCCAAACUACAACUUGUUCUAGGGAACAGAUUUGACUGUGUUUGCAUUCCAGGCCUGUUUUUAUUGCAUUUUUCUUAAAUGUUUUGUACCCAUCACUGCUUUCAAUAAUAAUGUGCAAUGGUCAUA